GGAAUGUCAUGGCUUCACUUGUGAUUGGCUGGGGAAUGGAGGAGUCAGUUUUCACGGGGGCUGAUCAAAAAGUUUCCCUUCGCUUUCCAAAGUUGCUGUCUGAGCAGAGGCACCGGGAAGAGGAGGCCAGUCACUCCAGCGUUCCUCAGGAAAGCUACUUAAAUGAAAUGAAAAGGCUUCUCUAUCCAAGGAUUUACAGCCAAGAAAAGAGGCGGAGAAGCUGUUUUCCUUCUUUUCUCCCCCAACUCCCACGGCAGUUGAUCAGCUCUCAUUUCUGGCAUGCGUCUCAUCUCUCAGGAUACUAUGUCACAGUAUUCUACUAACUUUCUCUUGCUUCCCAUACCCGAGUAUCCCGUGCUAGACUGCGUGCCCAACAAAAUCAUCAAGCUCGUGGUGCUGGGUGGCAGUAGCGUUGGCAAGACAGCCCUGGUUGUGCGCUUUCUCACAAAAAGAUUUAUUGGAGACUAUGAAGCCAACACUGGUGCUUUGUAUUCAAGGAAGUUCACCAUAGAUGGGGAACAGAUCUCGCUACAGGUGCAAGACACACCUUUUGUUUCACUGGAGGUAAAAUAUCUGCUUAAUGCAUCAGUACUUUACAACACAGUUUGGUUUUUGCCAGCGCUUUCAUCUGACGACACUGACAGCAUUUGCUGCCAAGAGCAGAUAAACCGUUCGAUCUACUGGGCAGAUGGCUUCGUAUUCGUUUACUCCAUCACGGACUAUGAGAGCUACCGAGUCAUCCGACCCCUCUACCAGCACAUCCGCAAGAUCCACCCGAAUGCUAACAUUCCCCUGCUCCUGAUGGCCAACAAAGGAGACCUACUGCGAGCCAGGCAGGUGUCCUCCAAAGAAGGACUCCAGUUGGCCAGCGAACUGGGAGGCACUUACUAUGAGGUGUCAGCCCGGGAGAACUGUGAGGGCGUCCACGAAGCCUUCCAGCAGAUGUGCCAGGAGGUCAGCAGGAUGAUCGGGAGCUGCAACGGAGAGAAGCGAAGAGGCCUCCACCUCGUCCGACCCAAGUCGCCCAAUAUGCAGGACUUAAAGAGACGCUUGAAACAGGCUCUGACUUCUAAAGGGAAAUCUGCCACUACGCUGUGACCGAUGGAAAUUGUUUGCCACACCCCUGGAAAAAAAGGCAAGAAAGCAAGCUGGUAUUAAGGAGCAUCUCCAAAAUUCAACAGUCAGGUUGUGUGAGAGGGUCUUUCAUUUUGUCUUUGCAUCUUCCUUAAAAAUCCUUUUUCAUUCAGCAAAGGGACUUACUGAAUGUGCUCUUUGGGGUAAGAAUUCAGAAACUGUGAUUUAAAAGAUACAUUGUCCUAUUUCCUUUUUAAAAGGGACACAGUCAGAUAGUUUAGGCCUAAAAUGUAGUUUUUAUUAAUAAAAAUAAUUAAAUCAUACUAUUAAGAGAAAUGACUUCUCUUGGGGACAGAAGUAUUCCCAAACACAGGUAAUGAGCUAUGGCAAGAGUUCAGGAGAACGACGUGAGCUAUCCUGAGCAAGCAAAACUUGUAAGAUCUCCUUAGCUGGCCCAAGACUGGAGAAAUAAAGGCCAAAAGAAAAUGAAUAGGAUAAAUGGUGAAAAGUAAUAAUUAAAGACAGCUUUUAAAUUGUAGUUUAGAAAGUGUUUGUAGCAACUUGGGGAGAGAUUUGUUUAUAUGCAAGCUUUAGCCUUACAGUGUCUCUUUAAAGGCAGACUUUAAAAAAUCACUGUUUGCUUACAUGAUUUUUCCUUAAACCCCGUGAACCCCUUGUGAACACUGAAAGUGUUUAGAGGGUAAGAUACAUACUUUAGCAGCAUUUUGCAGUCAGUUUCUCUAUGGUCUGCUUCUCAUUUUUGUGUAGGUUUCCUACAUGGCAAUGAAAGAGGAAAAAAUAGAAGAGUGUCAUUGUAAAACUUGCAAACAAAUGGACCAUACUGAUCAAGAGCAGAGAGGUGACCUGAAGCUAUUUAGCUUUUUUUUUUUCCAAACUAGCUAGAUUUCAAGUACAAGGCGCUGUUUGUAAGAAACAAGGCCUUCACACGAAGUCAAUUUAAUUCAUUAGAUCUUUUUUUUUUUUUAAAGAAGGAAAGGUUUUACAAUGUCUGAAAUUCCUAGCUUCAAGAAUUUAUCAUUUUGUUAUUCGCCCUAAGACCAGACUUUACUCAAUACCUCGCAAUUCAACCAAAAUACCCGCCUGUCAAUACAUAUUUCACUGGCAGCAUCUUGCUGCACUGGGUCUCGGCACGUACCAAAAAUGGUAUUUGAAGCUACAUCCCGUGAUCUGGCCACUUUUAUGGCAGCAGUAACAACAACGUGAAGCAUCCAUCAUUCUGUUCUUAAUGAGAGUGGAAGGCAACUGGGUUGGACCAUGCAAAAGUCAUGAUGCAGCAAUCUUUUUUUUUUUUUAAACAGACCAUCCCAGAAAUUCACAGGACCAUGAAACAAA